AUGGGCAAUAAUCCUUCCAAAGGCCCUCUCGGAGAUGGGCCAACGACUUCGGGCACUACGGGCCUGACGGCUUCGAGAGUGGCUCGUCAGCCAUCGCUUAAUGCCCUAUCAGGCAGCGCGAAAGCCUCUGUGGCCGACCCAUCUGCCUCUAGAGAAAAUGCGACCGGCCAUUCAUCCUCCCAAAACCAGCCUUCAGUCCAGCAUCGCCUGCAAUCACGAAAUGCCACGGAUUCGCCUUCGCGGAAUUUAGAUCGGCCGGAUCGACACGAGCCUAGGAAGACGGAAUAUCGCUCGAGAGACAUUCAGUCUCCCGACCCAUCUAACCCUGUCCAGGUCCCCGUCUCCCGGACCGCUCCUCGACGGGAUCCUUAUCAGCCUGUCGCUCCUUCUGGUCCUCCCCAUAAGAUGUAUUACAGUGCUUCGACACAUCUCCAGCGUCCCCCACGGAUGCCAUUGCCGAUUGGAGAUGCCACAGCUACCCCCGGGUCUCCGAUUAGCGGCCCAGAAGAACCCGGUCUGCCACCUAAUCAGGUCCUAGACGAUCAGACAGAUACCGCAAACCAUCCCACCACCAUCGAGGAUGACGAUACACUGGAUGAGUUGCAGCCAUACACUAGCAGCGGCGUGGGCAGGGCAGUUCCGACAACUAUAGAAUGGACUGGCGGUGGCGACAAGCUGUAUGUCACCGGAACAUUCGUUAACUGGGAGAAGAAGUUCCGCCUACAUAAAAGUGAAAAUAAACCUGGGGUUAUGUCGGCAAAAUUAAAUCUCCGUCCAGGCACACACUAUUUGAAAUUUAUUGUCGAUGGUGAGAUGCGCGUCUCCGACAACCUUCCAACUGCGGUCGACUUUACAAAUCAUCUGGUCAACUACAUCGAAGUGAGUGCGGACGAUGUCAACCGGUCGAGGCGAGAGAGUGAUAAGGGCGGCGUUCCUCCUGGAAUCCACUCCCCACAGGUUCUACCUGGCCUUGCUGGAGGUGACAAACUCGAAUCCAGCGUGGACGACGAGUCCGACAAGGAAGAACCUGAAGAAAUCCCCCCUGGGGAUUUCCGUAACAUUAUCCCACCAUUCCUUGUGGACCUUGACAAGGAUGAGGAAAGCCAGAGUUACCAGCAAGCCGUCAACAUCAUCGGCGAUGCGCCCACCCCACCAAGUCUUCCCCUUUUCCUUGGGAAGUCGAUUUUAAACGGGACCACGCCAAUGAAGGAUGAUAGCAGCGUUCUCAACUAUCCCAAUCAUACCGUCCUAAAUCAUCUGGCCACUAGCAGCAUAAAGAACGGUGUUCUAGCCACAAGCGUAACAACCAGAUACAAAAGAAAGGUGAUUUGCUCCAUGUUAAUCAUUAUUUGGAAAAUAAAUCACUAA